CGGAAACGAAGAAAACGAAGUCGCGACGCGAGUUGAAGAAAACGGCAGAGGGAAAGAGAGGGUUUGACGAAGGCUCGUUCUGAGAUCCCGAGCUCUGAACCUCUCGAGGGCUCCGCCCCUCUUCUUCCUCACCUUAUAAACCUUUCUCUCCCUCCAAUCCGUUCCUCCUGGGGUUUCUCUUUUUCCAAGGAGAAGAAGGCGGAUCGACCGAUCUCUUCAUCGAAUCACGCGGUGGUUUAGUGCUGGAGGUCAGGGGUUUGCAUGGUGUCAAGUCUUUCAGUUCAAAGUUUCUGCUGUACUUGAGCAGUAGAAAAUUAAAUAACUUUCUUGGAAGAUAUGAAUCCAUAUAUUGUUGGCAUCUUUGUGCCCCUUCUGUUCUCUUUUGUCUUACGUAAAACAAAGGAUGGGAAGAAGCGGGGAGUGCCUGCUGAUGUUGGUGGAGAACCUGGAUAUGCAAUUCGUAACUACCGUUUCACUUCCCUAGUGGAAACACACUGGCAAGGGAUCAGAACACUUGCUGAGCUGUUUGAGAAUUCCUGCAAGCUGUUUCCAUACAAGCCUUUGUUUGGCUCCCGUAAGCUUAUUUCCAGGGAAACAGAACGAACUCAGGAUGGUAGAUCUUUUGAGAAGCUCCAUUUGGGGAACUAUGAAUGGAUGAGUUAUGGUGAAGCUUUCAAAGCCGUCUGCAAUUUUGCAUCCGGUCUAGUGCAUCUCGGCCACAAAAAGGAUGAGCGCGUCGCUAUCUUUGCUGACACACGGGCAGAGUGGCUAAUUGCCUUGCAGGGUUGCUUCAGGCAAAAUAUCACAGUGGUCACUAUAUAUGCUUCCCUGGGGGAGGAGGCUCUUUGUCACUCGUUAAAUGAGACAGAGGUUUCAACUGUAAUCUGUGGACAUAAAGAAUUAAAAAAGCUGGUUGAUAUAAGGGGACAACUUGACAAUGUAAAACGUGUGAUUUAUGUGAAUGACGAGGGUAUCUCGAAUGAAGUAUCAUCAGCUAAGAAGAAUGCUAGUUGGACUAUGACAUCAUUUGUGGAAGUAGAGAGACUGGGUCGGGAAAACCCUGUUGAUGCAUAUUUGCCCGUCUCAGCUGACAUUGCAGUGAUAAUGUAUACGAGUGGUAGCACUGGUUUGCCUAAGGGGGUAAUGAUGACACAUGGCAAUCUCCUAGCUACUGUUUCAGCUGUUAUGACAAUUGUCCCUGCACUUGGUAAUAAGGACAGAUAUUUAGCAUACCUGCCUCUAGCUCAUGUUCUUGAGUUGGCAGCAGAGCAUGUAAUGGUUGCAGCAGGAAGUUCUAUAGGAUAUGGGUCACCUUUGACUCUUACUGAUACAUCGAACAAGAUAAAGAAAGGAACAAAGGGUGAUGCUUCCAUCUUGGGACCAACACUGUUGGCUUCUGUACCUGCUAUUCUUGACCGUGUUCGUGAUGGUGUGUGGAAAAAUGUAGAUGCAAAGGGUGGCUUAUCAAAGAAAUUAUUUGAUAUCGCAUAUAAUCGUAGGUUGGCAGCUAUUAACGGAAGUUGGUUUGGAGCAUGGGGUGUAGAGAAAAUCCUAUGGGAUAUUCUUGUCUUCAGAAAGGUUCGAGCGGUCUUGGGUGGUCAUAUUCGUUUUCUACUGUCUGGAGGGGCUCCUCUCUCUGGUGAUACACAAAGAUUUAUCAAUAUAUGCCUUGGGGCUCCGAUAGGGCAAGGAUAUGGUCUCACUGAAACUUGUGCUGGUGGAACAUUUUCUGAAUAUGAUGACGCAUCUGUUGGUCGUGUUGGUGCGCCACUUCCUUGUUCAUAUAUCAAACUGAUUGAUUGGCCAGAAGGCGGAUAUUUAAUCACAGAUUCACCAAUGCCUCGAGGGGAAAUAGUUAUUGGGGGUCCAAAUGUAACUCCAGGAUAUUUCAAAAAUGAAGAGAAAACAAAGGAGGUUUACAAGGUUGAUGAAAGGGGGAUGAGAUGGUUUUAUACUGGUGAUAUUGGGCGUAUUCACCCUGAUGGUUGCCUUGAAAUUAUUGAUCGGAAGAAGGACAUAGUGAAACUCCAACAUGGUGAAUAUGUUUCUUUAGGAAAGGUAGAAGCUGUUCUCAUUGUGAGCCCUUAUGUUGACAACAUCAUGCUCCAUUGUGAUCCUUUUCAUAGUUACUCUGUCGCACUUGUGGUACCUGCACAGCAAGCAGUGGAAAAUUGGGCUAUGAAGCAGGGAAUUGCUUACAGUGGUUUUGCAGAUCUAUGCCAAAAGGAGGAAACUGUCAAAGAAGUACAUCGAUCAUUAGUAGAGGCAGCAAAACAAGCACGUUUGGAGAAGUUUGAAAUUCCAUCCAAGAUCAAAUUGCUUCCCGAACCAUGGACACCUGAGUCUGGUCUUGUCACGGCUGCACUCAAGCUGAAGAGAGAGAACAUUAGAAGGGCAUUUGCUGACGAUCUUGCCAAGUUGUAUGCUUGAGUCUUAGGUUCAUGAGGCUUUCAGUUUGAACGAAUGAAGCAGCUUUAGUUAUUUUUCUUGUUGAUGUGGGACUGUUCUCCUUAUUACCCCUCCGUUGUGUACAAUCUACUUUUGUUUUUCAAUCAAAAUAUUUAAUUUUUAAUCCAGCCUUUUUUUUUUG